AUGAUGGACUACAUUUAUAUAGGGGCUCAUCGAGUCGGAGACACCCAGUUUUCAUUAGAUAUUGAAUCGUUAAUUGUCCUUAACGUCUAUAGAAUCGCAGGGAAUGACAAUAUUAAACUUAGGGUUAAGAUUCUCGAUGGGGAGAUACGGGGAGCUUACGUCAAAGUCGACAUGUCCCGAGUCGUGUACGAAAUCAUAGAAAAUGGACCCGAAAUUGCGAAAUACUGUGCAUGGCCGGUCAUAGUCAAACAUAAUUAUGUCAUUGCUGGUUUAUGUUCAGUCACACGACAAAUAAUAAAAUUAAGCGAACAUAAAAAAGUCAAAAAGUUGUUAGGAUUUAGAGAUGCGUGUCUUAUGGCGUGUAGCGAGAGUUCAAUAUGGACGAAAUUUUGCGAAGUCGAUAUCAUUUCAACCAUUAAAAGUCUCGUUUUAGACCCGAUGUCUCAUUUCGAUGGAAACAUUUUUAAAUUACCACGAGAUUUGGUUCGAUUUGAAUACCAUUUAGGACAACCGGUACGUAUGCAUAAUGUUUAUAAAAUCGCAAGAGAACAUAAUAAAACUGUAACAAACGACACACCAAUCGAUAAAUUGGACUUGAAACAUACUUUUGGUGAAGGUCCCUUUAUGACACUUUCCGAUGUUAUUUUAUUUUGUUGUGUCCAAAUUUUUAUGACUCUGUUUCCCGAACAAAAAUUUCAAGACAAAUUACCUCUAACUCUUGCCUGGUAUCACAAUAUGAAAGAAAUGAAUGUAAACAAAUUGAAAUUUGAGUUAAAUUUAUUCCUAGUUGAAAUAAUUAAAGUCGAGGAACCGGAAAUAGCCAAACAGAGUCUCUACACAGCUGAUCCUUCGCGCUAUAAACCGGAAAAACGCAUCUACACCAAACAAAAAGACAUAACAAAUUCGUUAAGAAUCAUAAAUAAUAAUCAUAUUGAGAUUGUAAAUUCCCUGUAUCCGUAUGGUGAUGAGAUCGAAUUUGAUUGGUCGAAAAUACCGGAAGAAGCGAAUCCGAUGAGUGGCGCCCUCCCGGAAAAUCGCGCGUACCGGAAAUGCGAUCAGUUGGAAAAUCUCGCCAAAGCCGUAAUUAAGCUCGUUGGGACGAAACAAAUAAAAAUCGUGGAUUUUUGUUCCGGGAGUGGCCACUUGGGUAUCCUGCUUGCUUUUCUCCUCCCCCAAUGUACAAUAAUUUUAGUCGAAAACAAAGAAUUGUCACUCGUGGGAGCCAAAGAACGUAUCGAGAAAAUGAAUUUGUCGAAUGUAGUGAUUUUGCAAUCGAAUUUAGAUUAUUUUAUCGGCACUUUCGAUGUUGGGGUGUCUCUGCACGCAUGUGGGGUCGCGACGGAUCUGGUGAUUCAAAACUGUAUAAAAAAUAAGGCGCAUUUUGUGUGUUGUCCAUGUUGUUACGGGGGAAUACACGAUUGUUAUCAUUUGACGUAUCCGAGGAGUUUGGAAUACCAGAGGUUGAAUAUGGAACAUAAGGAUUAUUUGACGUUGGCGCAUGCUGCAGAUCAGACCCAUGAUCCGAAUAAUAGGAAGACGACGCAAGGGUUUGUGUGUAUGGACGCGAUUGAUACGGAUAGGCGGUUGUACGCGGAGAGUUGCGGAUAUGAAGUGCAUUUAGGGAAGCUGCAACCGGUUUCAUGCACCAAUAAAAAUAAUUUGUUAGUUGGAAUUUGUAACAGCUAGAUAUUUAUUUGUAACUAGGUUGUUAAUUGAAUGGUUGUAUUUUUAUACUUUGUGUAUAAAUAAAUGUGUUUUUGAAAA